CCAGCGCUGUGGAGGAAGUGCGCUGCAGCUGAGAAGCAGCUGACCGGUAGAACAGAGAGCUGAGAACUUGUCACAUCAGCCCGGGCUGUGUAUCAGGAGAGUGGGUGAUAGGGCAGCCCAGCCCAGUCCAGCGGCAAAUCCCAGGCUAACUGCUGGACGUCAGACGCUGGCGGCUGUAAUAGCUGUGAGCUCGGCGCGUUUGCCUUGUUAGAGCAGGAGCGAGGAGCCGGCACCAUGUACACACCGGUGCCUGCCUAACCUCACCGCUUCACGUUACCAAUCCGUGCUCUGAUUUUUGUUUUAUUGAACUGUAUGCGCUCAUUUUUGUUUACUACGGGCGGACCUCGAAAUUAACCUCAAAUAGUUGCGAGCACAUUACACAUGUCCCAAUGACUCUGGACGCUAUCCUGGGUGAGGGCAAGGCGGAGGCCGGGAGCUGGUGCUCCUGCUAUGGCGUGAAGAUGACUCCUUACUUCUCUGAGAACGCGGUCAUUUCACAGAAUGAAAUCAACCUGCUUAUAAGCGAGAGCUUCUUGACUGUAAAAGGUGCGGCGGUAUUCCUGCCUCGAGGAAAUGGCUCGACUGCAUCUCGCAUCAAUCAUCGGCGCAAUAAACAUGCAGGUGAUCUCCAACAGCACCUGCAGGCAAUGUUCACACUUCUUAGACCUGAAGACAACAUUCGACUGGCUGUCCGGUUGGAAAGUGUGUACAUGGACCUGACUAGAUACAUGGUCGUGGUUUCUACAAACGGCAGACAAGACACGGACGAGAGUAUUGUUUUAGGGAUGGACUUUUAUAAAGAUGGCAGCAGUUGCACCAUGGGGCUGGUUCUUCCACUAUGGAGUGACACACUGAUCCACUUGGAUGGGGAUGGUGGGUUCAGUGUGUCAACGGUGAACAGAAUUCACAUCUUCAAACCAGUGUCCGUCCAAGCAAUGUGGUCUGCUUUACAGAGUUUGCACAAAGCCUGUGAGGUUGCCAGGACCCACAACUACUACCCCGGGAGCCUGUACCUGACAUGGAUCAGUUACUACGAGAAUCGCAUCAAUUCCAACCAGACUUUCAUUAACGAGUGGAAUGCCAUGCAGGACCUGCAGUCUCAUCGCCCCGAUUCACCCGUGCUCUUUACUGACAUACCAACAGAGCGGGAACUGACUGAGAGGCAGAUCAAGUCUAAACUGCGGGAAAUUAUGAUGCAAAGGGAUUUGGAAAAUGUUACAUCAAAAGAAAUUCGCACGGAACUGGAGAUGCAGAUGGUCUGUGACUUGAGAGAAUUUAAGGAGUACAUUGAUAAUGAGAUGGUUGUAAUCUUGAGGCAGAUGGACAACCCAACGGAGAUAUUUGAACAUGUCUACCUGGGCUCGGAAUGGAACGCAUCCAAUUUAGAAGACUUGCAGACCAGAGGGAUCCGGUACAUCUUAAACAUUACCCGUGAAAUUGAUAACUUUUUCCCGGGCAUGUUUGAAUACCACAAUAUAAGGGUGUAUGAUGAGGAGGCGACAGAUCUGCUUGCGUAUUGGAAUGAUACGUACAAGUUCAUCACCAGAGCAAGAAAUAAUGGAUCUAAGUGUCUAGUUCACUGCAAGAUGGGCAUCAGUAGGUCUGCAUCCACAGUGAUCGCUUAUGCAAUGAAAGAGUACGGCUGGAACUUGGACGAAGCUUACACUUAUGUGAAGGAGAAGCGAGCAGUUACUAAACCCAAUAGUGGCUUCAUGAGACAACUGGAAGAGUACCAGGGCAUCCUGCUGGCUAGCAAACAGAGGCACAAUAAGCUUUGGCGCUCCCAUUCUGACAGCGACCUCUCUGACCACCGCAUCAAUAAAUCCACCGUCAACUUGAACAGGAGGGACAGCACUUCAACUACAGAGAUGUCAACUGACCCACUUGCAGAACAUUUAUAUGACCACCAAUUUCUGAAUGCCCCUAGUGUAGUCUCACCCAGAGUUAAUGAGGAAAUGAGAGAAUUCAAUUUCCGUAUUAAUGCAAAACAUGAAAAGCCUACAGACUGUAACGCAGAUCCCCUGCAGAACCGAGUGUCUUCCGCACCCAUGCCAAUGGCGGCUGCUUCUAGCAGUACCACUAAUGAUGUCAGUUGCACAUCUGAUAUAAUUCCUCUUCAAAACUGUCACUCUGACAAGCCAGCUUCACCGCAACAGGAACUAACGUCUUCAACUGAGCAGCCCGUGAUAUUGGCCGCCUUGGGUAGUGAAUUAAAAGGAGAAGAUAGUUUAAGCUCCAACUGCAUUUCAUCGCCAUUACCUGAAGCUGCUGCCCCAGUGCAAGAUCACACAGCUUCCCCAGAGUUCCCCCUUCCCGACUCCGCACCCAGCGGGGAUGCAGCAAUCUGUAGCGGCAACGCCGAUCGAAUUGACUUCUUCAGUGCCAGAGAAAAAUUCAUUGAGCUUUCACAGGAGAGUGGGGUGCGAGUCCAGUCGCACGUGAAAACUGACGAACCCGGAGGAUGCAAGCCAUGUGCCGUGAGAGCGGCUGCCCCAGACACCCUGCACAAAGAGCAGCACCUUGAGAAUGGUCUGGGCCCAGUGUCCAUGGACAGCCUUCCCCACGCACGACACAGCGAUGGGAAACCUACUGAGGAAAAUCUGGCAUCCUUAUCUUUCAGCAAGAAGUCUUCCUUAACCAGGUCCCAGUCUUUAAAUGUCAUUUCUGUGAAAGAAAUAGUGACGGGGAUAGAGUCCAACCAGAAUACUGGUGUGUUGCAGACAAAGGCAGAGAAUGUAACCAGUGUCCAGAGCCAAAUGCCAAAGAGGAAUACCGUUCAUGAACUAUCUGCAGAUUUCCGCUGGCCUUCUGAAAACGGCAUUGCUGCAAACGAAAUUGGUGCAAGCAAGUCUUUAGUUGAUGAUGGUGAGGUCAAGCAAAAUGGCUGUCUUUGGGUAAACGUACCUCUCAAGAGCUGUGAUGAUUGCCAGGGGGCGGCUUUGGAGAAGUCUGGGCAGGAUGAGCUCUUGGGCCGCCAGCAGGUUGCUAAAUGGUGCCCUGGGUCAGUGAGACGUGCGACCAUGGAGUUUGAGGAGCGACUGAAGCAAGAGCACGAACAUCAGUCGUGUGCGGCCACAGCGUUGCCCACGCGCAAACCUUCUCGUGCCGACGGGGACGCGGCUGGUGACGCUGCGGUGACAAGCAAGAGCGGCGAGGUCUCUCCUGAAGACUGCUUGUUGCCGGAUGGAGAACAAGGAAGUAUCACUAAAGACCAACAUUUGCCACUCGGAUGCAAUGAGCUCCUGAAUCCAGAACCAGCCCCGGAGAUGCUGUCGAAUGUGACCAGGCUCCCACUGCAACCCAAAGUAGACCAAUUGCAAACUGCGCCUGGCUCUGUGAGUGCUGUGGAACACAGGGUGGUCCAUGCUAUUGAAACUUUAGAGGGUUUUGAUUCAUACACCCAGCUUCCGAAGAAAAUUGAGAUCAUUGAGUAUACCCAUAUAUUUAAAUCAGCAACUCCGCAAGUAGGCAUGGAUGAUAAGAGAGAUGAAAAGAUGAAGCGUGAAUCUCCAGCAACAGAAAGUGACCUUGCCAUACUUUCUAUCACUGAAGAUGAAUCUCCAGCCAAGGAAAAUGAAGAUACCAGCAAGUCUCCCGACGAUCUACAGAUGGUAGAGGUUCCUUCCACCGAUGCUCAGCCACUGCCGCAUCUUUGGCCAUUAUUGGAUCCUGCAGGUUUAGCCCCACAAGACAGUGCAGAAACUGAAGCCAUGACCUUGCCGAUUGCUAGUCCUUUGGGUGAGAUAACCAACGUCCCAUCAGAAUGUGAGGUUGCUGCAUUUGACCAUCACAGUGCCCACUUGCCAGUAGAUGGAUGCCCAACCCCAGUCCUCCACCUGGGAGGUGUCACCAUGUCAAGUACGGAUACCGACGCAGAAAUCCCUGAUGAGGAAACUUGCCAUUUGGAGCUUCAAGAUGUCAGCCAAGGAAUGGCACGUUUACAAAGCACAGAUGUCGGCUGCACAGUACUCACCCCUGACGAUUUAGAACGGAGCUUCAGCAGGUUUGACGAGAGUGUCCGAGAGCUGCAGAAGAUGCUAAGUUUCUCGUACCUUGAUCACAAUCUUCCGCACCGCUCCAGCAAUUACACUCUAAACCACCUGAAUGGUCCCCUGGCGUGUGGGAGCCAGCAGGCGGAGGAGAUUGGAGCAAAGAUAAGACGAGCUGGUCUCACGACACCGUCUCAGAUGAAGCGGUCAGCAUCGAUCGCCAAGCUGGGUUGCCUCGAACUCUCCACGGAUGAGUUAUGCAAGACCAUGGAUUCGACCACGGCACUCCAAGCACUUUGUGAUUGCGGGCAAGACCCAGCAUGGACUGUGGGAAGGACAGGGGAGUUGAGAACGGGGUGCGCUGGGGAAGAGGAGCCCAACAAAAAGAAAUGUGUUUCCCUCUCCGUCCUCCACGACGUGGGGCAGACGGAGCAAGGUGAAAGAUCUGAGAGCAAAGCUGCGGAGAAUCCUCCAAUACAACAUGCCAAAGACAGCGAGCCUGCCCCUCAUGGUUUAGUGAGGGCAAGGCCCAACCUUUCCCAGCUAGAGCCUUCUGACACAGACGCACCUUGUCUCACAUCAUUGACACCUUCAAAGCCUCAUCACAACCAUCACAGAAAUCAUCCGUUAAAGCAAAUCAAAUCAGCCGGUGGGAGGAAGUGGACUGCAAGUCCUCUGUAUAACACCAUGUAACUCUUGUCGGUUUCUGGACAAGAGGCAGAUGGGUUUAUUCAGAAGGAACAUGCACUUUACAAUUUGUUUUCUAUAUGUGAAAUGCGUGUUUUAUUUUGUGACGACUGCAUGUGAACUUUGGGCUUUCUGUAGUUGGUUUUGAUUUGAAAUUGUCCUGUUUAAUCCCAUUUUUAAAGAGCACACCAACCAACACAGAUCAAGUUUGCGAUUUACAAACCCCCUCUAAAUCGAAAUCAGGGAAACGCUGCUCUUUGUGAUACAUUUCAUAUUGUACAAACUUAACGUCACUUUUGUAACUUUUGCAUUGCUUACCGUUCAUAAUGUGUUUGGACUGAAUUCCCUGAUGCCCGUCAGAAGGAAAACAUGAGUGCAGCUGAUCCUUCGGCCCAUGCCAUUCUCUCGCUUGUCGUGCAGGGAACGAUGGAAGGCAACAGCGCACGCACGCCACAUACACACACGCACACACAUGCACGUACGCCACACACACAUGCACGCACGCCACACACACACGCACGCCACACACGCACGCCACACACACACG